ACACCGAUCCCCUAGAAUUGGAGUUGCCAGGACUCAAAAAAUGAAGAUCAAAUAUGCCAUCGUCUUCAUCUUUAUCGUGGCUCUGGUCAUCAUUGAAAAGGAAAGCAACAUCCUAUCGAGGGUGUCUGACACGAUGAUGCAGAGGCAAACGGCCCAGCAGACGCCACAAUCGCCGCUGGAUUACGGCAAACGCACACGCAAAACAGCCCGACCUCCGUUCAAAAUGCUGCUCUCGAACGUCAACGCUACGAAAGAGCGUGACUCCAAUCAAACAGAGGAGCAGCAUAAGGAAGAAGCUGAGGACGGUGGGCUCCUGAAGACGAUCGCAAGCUACAUCUUACUCAUGGCCACCACAAGAUCGGGGUCCUCGUUCGUGGGCGAGUUCUUCAACCAGCACGGCGAGAACACGUUCUACCUCUUUGAGCCCCUGUGGCAUGUUGAACACAUGCUGAGCGCCACCGCGGAGACCAACAACGGGAGCUUGAUACCGGCAAACUACCGGGAUGUACUCCGGGGCCUCUUCCUGUGUGAUUUCUCUCCUCUGGAGAAGUUCAUAUCGCCGCCUCCCCAGAACCACGUGACCCCGUCGCUGUUCCGUAGAGAGUCGAGUUCGUCGCUGUGUGAGGAAAAGGUCUGCACUCCUGUCAUCAAGGAGAUUUUUGAGAGGUAUCGCUGCAAAAACCGCCGCUGCGGUCCGCUCAACCUGACCCUGGCUUCCCAGUCCUGCCUUUCCAAACAUCACCACGCCAUCAAGACCGUGCGCGUCCACCAGUGGGAAACCCUGCGGCCUCUGGUGGAGGACCCUCGCCUGAACGUUAAAAUAAUCCAGCUGGUCCGAGACCCACGCGCCAUAUUAGCGUCGCGCAUGGUGGCGUUCUCCUCCAAGUACAAAACGUGGAAGGCGUUUAUGCAGAGCGGCCGCGUGCCCGAGAACGACGACGAGGUGAAGCGGCUGCAGGGAAACUGUGAAAAUAUCAGAUGGUCCGCCGAGCUGGGGCUGAGCCAACCUGGCUGGUUGAGGAGACGCUACAUGUUGGUACGCUACGAGGACAUCGCCCGGUACCCCAUGCAGAAAGCCGAGGAGAUGUACCGGUUCACUGGCAUCCCCUUCAGUGCCCAAGCCCGGGAGUGGAUUCUGAAGAACACCCAGACUACAGAGGGAGACAGCGGAAUCUAUUCCACCCAGAAAAACUCCUCGGAGCAGGCGGAAAAAUGGAGGUUCAGCAUUCAUUUCACGCUGGCUCAGAUGGUGCAGCGACUGUGCGGACCCACCAUGAAGCUGUUUGGCUACAAGUUUGUGGACGACGCAAAGAUGCUGCUCAAUAAGUCCAUCAGUUUGCUGGAAGACAAGACGUUUCACUAAAACAUGAAGGUGUGAGUGACGCGGGGAGCCAUGAGAAGCCUUCAUUGCACGGACCAAAAUGUACAGUCGUGGUCAAAAUGUUUACACACACUUGUACAGAACAUAAUGUCAUGGCUGUCUUGAGUUUCCAAUCAUCUCUACAACUCUUAUUUGUUUGUGAUAGAGUGAUUGGAGCACAUACUUGUUGGUCACAAAAAACAUUCAUGAAGUUUGGUUGUUUUAUGAAUUUAUUAUGGGUCUACUGAAAAUCUGCUGGGUCAAAAGUAUUGUUGCGUCGACCAGCAUUCCUCCAAUGGGGAAUUCAAAUUGCUAGUCUGUCCCAGAUUCUUUUAAUGGCAAUAAGCUGAUGUUUAUAGUCAAUCAACAGGCAGUAGUUGGUAUUUUGUGGUUUAUUCUCCAAGCUUAGAGGACAAACGUGAGACCAAUCUAGCACACCACCGUUCCCUCGCCCGGUCUAGCUCGGUCUCCUCUCAAACCCCUGGAAGUCCCGUGAUCUUCCCUCUGUCCCUCGCCCCCACUCCCUUUGUUUAGACUACUCCGAGUUAUCUCUACUCUGACACAUUCCAAUCUAGAAGGCCGACACCUAACUAUGAGACUCAAAAGAAGGAAGAAUACUAGCUAUUCUUUAUAUGACUAUAGGAGUUUAGAAAGAAGUAACACUUAAAUAUGGAUAUGAUUCUGAUCUGCUUCCCACAGUAUACAUACAGCAAUGUUGAUAUUUGGUUACAUGUCC